CUUCCCAUAAACUCUGUGACACGCUCCAAAGCGCUGCCAGAAUCCCUCCACACCCACCGGACCCGGAGCCUUUCCCCACGGGUCAGCGAGGAUCGGUGCCUGCCCGUGCCCCCCCCCCCAGCGCACCCUCACCUGCGUGCCCACUGCGGCAGCUCCAGGAAGCCCCAGCCACGCCCAGAGCGCCGCGGCCACACCCAGCACUGCCUGCCCCACCUCUGUCCUCUGCACACUCUCUGUGCACUAACCUUCAGUCUCCACUAGCGUGCGCUGUCGCCCCCUCUAAUCCCCACCGCGACCCACCUCCCCCCCCCGCCCCCCACAACCACAAGCAUGGAGAAGGUGCAGCACAUGACCCGCUCCGCCAUCCGGAGGGCCUCCACCAUCGAGGUGAACCCGCAGGCCAAGCAGAACAUGCAGGAGCUCUUUGUCAAUUUCUGCCUCAUCCUCAUCUGCCUGCUUCUCAUCUACAUCAUCGUCCUGUUGCUAUGAAGGGGGGGGGGUUGGGGGCCCGCGGGGGGGCGUGGCCGCCCGGCAGCCGCCCAAUGGGGUGACGGGACUGUAAAGGAGGGUGGAGCGGAGCAGGGGGGGAGGGGAGGGGCUCUCGUUCUGUAAAACUGUGUCCGAUGAUACGCUGAUGUGAUGUGGGGUGUGUGUGUGUGAGAUUAAAUGUUACAGUGAAUUCACGAUGCAUGACUUAUCUCUCACUCGAUUCACGGGCAGAUACACUCGCUAUAGUUUUAGCUGCCUGCCACGCGGGUGCGGCGGCUGUCUGGGCCGGAGCGGACUCUGAGGCGGAGCGCAGACACCGGCACGCAGACCCCACUCUGAGCACAUCCGGCAUGCCCGUCUCACCUGCGCCCUUCCCCUGUGUCGCUCUCUCCGCUGCGCCGAGCCGCGCCUCACCGGUCUGCACACUCGGUGCACUGCGCCGGUCUGGCUGUGCUUGUCUGUCCUGUGCUAUCCCCCCACACUCGCUGUGCUCAAAUAAACAGGCUGUGUAAUAAAAA